GGUCCGGGUACCCAGGUCCGUCCAGAAUUUGCUCCGGAGUGCCUCAAUGUUCGACUCCUCCGGAAACGGCGACCCGCAGCUGGCGCGUUCCGCUGGCGGCGCUCCUCCGCCGCGGCGUCUGGCGCUGGGCACCGCGUUCCCGGGACGGUAUGGAGGCCAAGGCGGGAUACCUGCCGGCUGCCGGCGGCAAGUGUUCGUUGUCUGCAGAGGAGACCGAAAAAUGGAUGGAGGAGGCAAUGCAAAUGGCCAAACAAGCCCUGGAAAAUAUUGAAGUUCCUGUUGGCUGCCUUAUGGUCUACAACAAUGAAGUUGUGGGGAAGGGAAGAAAUGAAGUUAAUCAAACCAAAAAUGCUACGAGACAUGCGGAAAUGGUGGCCAUUGACCAGGCCCUCGAUUGGUGUCAUCGAAGUGGCAAGAGUCCUUCCGAAGUAUUUGAGCACACUGUGUUGUAUGUCACCGUGGAGCCCUGUAUUAUGUGUGCAGCUGCUCUCCGCCUGAUGAAAAUCCCACUGGUUGUAUAUGGCUGUCAGAAUGAACGAUUUGGUGGUUGUGGCUCUGUUCUAAAUAUUGCCUCUGCUGAAUUACCAAAUACUGGGAGACCAUUUCAGUGUGUUCCUGGAUUUCGGGCUGAGGAAGCAGUGGAAAUGUUAAAGACCUUCUACAAACAAGAAAAUCCAAAUGCACCAAAAUCAAAAGUUCGGAAAAAGGAAUGUCAGAAAUCUUGAAUUUGUUCUGAUGGAAGCCUAAUGCCCCUGGAUGAAAUUUUUGGAGUGAAAUCUGUUGAUAUUAUUGAGUUGUAUGUUUAUAUAUUGUCCUUAACUCAUGGGAAAAUAGUUUCUCAUCAUUUGCUGUGUUAAGGGAACAAAUUGGCACUUUUUAAAAGUCUGACAAUUGUAAACAAUGAUUAGCUUUUUUAAAAGCUGAAAGAACAUUUUAAGAAGAGGAAAAUUAAUGAUUGGCUUUUUAGACAUUAGUAAACAUGUAUGCCCUUCCUGCCAGCAUCAUUAUGCCGAGUCCAGGGAAGUGCUGACUUUCAGAGAAUGGCGUGCAGACCCAGUUACCUGGUGUGUGUCUGGACUGGUGUGUGCCACACUGGGCACCUGCUCCAGGCCUAGCAUUUUGGAAUUGGAUUCUUUCUAUGCAGACACUAUGAUCUCCCAGGGUGUUCUGGCCUGUGAUUUCCUUAGAAUUUGUCAUGAGUUGUGUACAUAUAGACCAUGAUUAUAUAUGGUCCUUAGAAGAGAUUUUUUUUUGUUUUUUAUAAAGCAUUUAGAGAAAAUGUAUACUUUUCAAACAAGUGCUUAAGUGUCAUUUUUAUAUAACAGCAUCUUGCUGUAAUAAUUUAGCCUUAUUUAUGCCUCCUUUGAAGAUGGAUAGCCUUAAAAAGACAAAAGUUCACUGAGUCAGUGAACAGAACAAAGAAUCCUACCCUCGUGGAACUUAUAUUCUAGCAGAGGGAGACAGAUGAUAAGCCUAAUAGAUUAUUACAGUCUGUGGAGGGCAAUAAGGACAAUGGCAACACGGACGAAGGGGGCAGGGUAGAGGGGAUGGGUGUGCCAUUUGGUGGUGGGAAUGCUGGUGGCACAAUCAAAUAGAUGGUUAGUUUAAUCUGAAAUCAAAUACAAAUGAUUUCUUUUUAUAAAAAUCCAGAUCUAGAAUUUAAAACUAAAAUUGAAAAAUGUGAAUACAAGCCUGGGAAGGUUGUGCACAGCAGAAAGUCCCAGGUUUGCCUGCUUACUGACCGCAGUGAGGGUUGCCGUGGAUGCUGAGCCAGGCGGAGCGAACUGCCUCUGCCCAGAAGGGGGCCUCGCCGUUCCACCAGAAGCCGAGCUCCAGGUCCUGGAGGGCAGCUCCUGCUCAGUUACGUUUCUUCCGUGGAUUCAUUUUCUUGAUGCAAAGCAUCUGUAUUUGUUGGUUCUGUCAUUUGAGCAAUGUCUCUGACUUGUUUGUUUUAAAUUACAUUACAGGCUGGAAUGUAAUUGCGGUGAAAGUAUUUUUAUAUUGCUGAGAGUAGCAGCUAAUCACAGUUACAUGCUUCAGAGGAUUUAUAAUUGCUUGGUUUUGUACAUGUGUGUUUUUAACUGCUUUCAGGAAGUUUUAUGGAGAGGAAUAUGCAUAAUUUGAAAUCUAUAAUAGUGUUCAUUUAACUUCUCUCCAAUUUCACCUACUUUUAAAAUUAUCUUCCCAUUAAAUUUUAGUGCUUUGACUAGUUUAUUCCCUUGCAGUUGGUCAUAAUUAAUUUCUGGCUCUUUGUGCUUUUUUGAAGUGGACUUCAUUGCCCUUACUGUCCCCAUAUUGUUUUCUUCGGAAUUAUUUGUGACAAAAAACCUUGAAUCUUUCCUCUGGAGGGUGCCACCCAGUAAGUCUGGCUAAGCAUCUUAUGCCAAGUAGAUUCUUAGUAAACAUUUGUUCAAUAAAAUUAUUGAUUGAACUUUUAGGGGAAAAUGAUUUAUAAGGAGAUUAUUUAGGGUAAAAAGCCAAAGCCAAAAAUCGCAUAUGAGUGUUUUAACCCAGAGAUAGUCACUGCCAAAAGGAUAAAAAAAACAAAACUAUAAACAGGAAUAGAAAAGACUUGCCAAUAUACAUAUAUUCUGUGUUCAGUGUGUUUUGGAGAAUGGGUAUUUCCUAAUUCCUAAGUAGAGCUGAAAAUUUAAUUUUAGUUAUGACUAUAGAAAACUCUCCUAAUUUUUGGUCUUAGGCACAGUUCCCUCCAUUGCUUUGGGGUAAAAAUCAGUUUAUAAGGCAUAUUACAGAUACACCUCCAAUGCUGAUAGAGGACCUUUAGACGUGAGGUCAUAGACGUUAAGGCUGCGGGAUUCUGACAGCAGUUUGGAAGUGGUGAAGAGUUGUAGAUAUAUGAUGAGGUGAUCUGCUAUCUGAGUACCACAUUCUCCAGCUAUGCACACAUGACUUAAAAUACUUCAAUGCUUCAGUUCAAAAGAUUGAAUCCAAUGGAUUGAUACUGAUAGUGCCUAAGAGAUUAGCUGAGAGAUUUGUGUAUGAAAUAAUAAUGAAAGUUGUGGGAUGCAAAAAGGUUUUAGAAUCGCAGCCCUGUUGAGAGAAAUUCAUGGGAAAUGAUUCCAUCUAAUUUGCUAGUAUAUCCAAUGGUCUUUGCAGUGGGCUCUGGUGAGAACGGGUGGUAUGUAAUGCUUUGGCAACCUUCAAUCACUGAUAAAAGAUGGUGUUAAAAUAUCUUUGCACUCUUGUUACUUGGCACAAACAUCUCUUCCUGUGUUGUAUUUGGAAUGCUAUGGAGAGAAAAUAGAUAGCCGAGAACUCUACUGUAGGCAAGAGCUGUUAAUUUUUCUUUAACUAUUUGGAAACAAUUUGAAAUUUACAGAAAAGUUGCAAAAAUACCUUACUCUUUAAACCUAUUGUUAACAUUUUGUACCUUUACUUUAUCAUUUGUUCUCUUUUUAUUCUCUUUCUCCCUCUCUUUUCUUUCUCUUUCUAUAUAUUUAUCUAUGAAUGAAAAUAAUUGUUUUGCUGAACCAUUUGGUAGAAAGUUAUAUCAUAUCUCAUAGCCCAUUUCCCUGAAAUAUUUCAGUAUUUCCUAAGUAUAGGAGAUUCUUAUAUAUAAUCACAAUAUAGUUACUGACUUAAGUAAAUUUAACAUCGAUACAAUACUUUAAUGUACUGUUUAUAUUCCAAUUUUGUCAGUUGAGUCCAUGAUGUCCCUCAGAGGACCCCUCUCACUCCACAUUAUCAGAUCUAUUCUAGGGUCAGGUAUUCAUUUAGUUGUCAUGUAUCUUUAGCUUUUUUUAACUAGAGCAUUUCUGUAGCCUGUCUUUAUUUCUUAUGACAUUGACAUUUAAAAAAUCUUACAGUCCUUUUUCCCCCUGCCAACUUUUUUUUUUUUAAUAUAUAUAUAUAUAUAUAUACUGGUGUUUUCUCAUGAUUAGAUUCAGGUUAUGUACUCUAGAUGAUACUCAACUUUUUUUUGUUUUAAAUAUAUAUAUGGUGGUGUUUUCUCAUGAUUAAAUUCAGGUUAUGUAUUCUAGAAAAUACUGUGUUCUCAGAGUAUCAAAAGGCAUCCAAAGGCCAUCAGUCCCUCACUGGUGAUUUUAUUAAUUCUGGUCACGUGAAAGUGUUACCUGAUUUCUGCACUAUGUAAUCUAUGUAAUUAUUGUUUUUUUCCCUCUGUUGCAACAGAUAAGCAGUCUGGGAACAGAAACUGUUACAUUUGUAAAAGAAAAUGUACUUGACAUUAAUGAAAAGGAAGGAAAGAAAAUGAAUGAUAUUAAUUUCAAAGCAACUGUUAAAUUAUUUGAUUGCAUUCUUCUUUUAUGAUGUCUGCUAAAAUUUACAAAAUUCUUUUCCUAAUAAGAAUAUUUUAAAUAAGGAAGUC